CGAUGUCAUCCAUAAAAUUUACUUGCAGUGGCCCAAUGAUACACAAGGGUGGGGAACAGAAUCUGGCUUGGUGCAGAAGAACGCCCCGUGUCAUUCACCCCGUUCUCGUCAGAACACUCCAAGCUCGCGUCUUCAACUUAUUCGGCUGUCAACAAACUUUUUCCUUCACAUAGACUUGUGCCAUUCUUCAACUCGUUUUUGGAUCUGUGAGCGUCACCGGAUAUAUGUUCCAACUCCGCGGAUAGUGUACAGAAUCCAGUCGUCGCGAUCGGAAGUUUUGCUGGCGAAGAACGGACAUGAUGUGGGAACCCGUGCAUCAUGGAUCCUGGAUGUCUCCACAGGGAAGGCUAUUGGCUCUCUUAUCAAAGGAGCCCCUGUACAAGACCAACGACUUCAUGGUCGUCCCGCCCGGCAGACUCCAACGAUGCUCAAGAGAUGGUACCCUGGUUUGUGAAGGUCAUCACCUCCUACCCGGACAAACAGCACCUGAAACUCCAAUGGCACGUGCCGAACAACGACGGGGUGUAUGUGAAGGAGUCGAGUGAGAACAAGCCUCUCAAAGAAUACACUGUCAAGUAUGGGGAGAUCGUUGCUGUACAUCUGUCACAAAAUAAGACACAUACUCCACUGGCCGGCUGACUUCCCUUGUGUCCUAUAGACUCUAUUUGUCCAAUUUCUACAAUUAGACCACCGAUCCGCGGAUCCUGGUAGAGGCUAGUGGCAGAGAUAGAGAGGGCCUAGAACGCUUGAUUGAAUUGAUUAGAUGAUGCAUUACUUAUUCUACUACGAAACGU